UUUCUGAACAAGAAGUUGUGAAAGUCAUUAAAGAUCUACCUGCCAACAAGGCUUCUGGACUUGAUAAAUUGACAGUCGGAGUGAUUAAAGAUUGCUUGCCGGUUAUUUCGUCUACGAUAACUAGUCUAAUUAACUGCUCCUUUAGCACCAAUACUUUCCCAGAUGUCUGGAAAAUUGCAGAGGUCAUACCUAUCCCAAAAACCGGAGAUAAAGAGAUAGCAAGUAAUAAUCGUCCAAUUUCGUUGUUGCCAACUAUGUUGAAAGUUUGUGAAAGGUUGGCCCAUGGUCAAUACAAUGAUUUUUUAUGCUCUGAAGAUAAAGUCUCUCCACACCAAAAUGGAAACAGAAAAUUACAUUCCACAGAGUCAACCUUGAUAAAAGUUACGGAUGAUAUAUUGGAAGCUAUGGAUGGAAAAUUGAUUACCAUCAUGGUUUUAAUCGACUUUUCAAAGGCUUUCGACAGAAUCGACCAUGAUGUUCUUUUAAAUAAAUUAUGGAACAUUGGAAUGACUCCAAGUGCUUUGGAAUGGUUUUCCAGCUAUUUGACAAGCAGAUCUCAACGA